AUGGCCGAGCAAGCACAACCAGCCGCCAGCGGCAAGCCGUCGACACCGCCCCUCAUCCACAACGCCGCCAUCGCGGGCGCCGUCAUCUCACCCAUCAUCAUGCUGCUGCCACCGCGGCGCGUGGACUGGCGGUUCUUCCUGCUGACGACGACCUUUUCCAUGUCGACGUCCCAGCUGGCCUACGACUGGACGGGCCAGUCCAUCUACGAUCGCGUAGGCAAGCGCUUCGAGCGGCUGACGACGAACGAGCUGCCGCCGGCGGCGCAGGAGACACAGAGGCGGCUGCGCGAAGAGAAGAUGCGGCGCGAGGGGCUCACGGAGCAGGGCUUGCGGCAGCAGGAGCUGGCGAAGCGGAACGCGCUGCAGAAGCUGUGGUACGGCAACGAGACGGAGGAGUCCUGGAACAAGAAGCGAGCCGAGGAGCACCAGACGGCACUUGAAGAGGGACAGGGGCUCAGCGGCAUUAUCAUGGGCCAGAUCAGCGAGGUCAUCUCGGGCAAGAGCGACGAUACGAAGAAGGAUGACGAGGGUAAGAAGGCGUAA